AGCAGGAGUACCACUUCGACUAUGCUAAUGCUUUUUUCAUUUCCACUUUACAUACUACAGUAGAUUUUUCACACCUUUUAUUCUUGAGGCUUCCAAAAAUACAUGAUGAACAAGAUGUGUCUUGAUUGAUCGAUGUUAUUGCUUGUAGUUUUCUCAUUCGGUCUGUAUUUUCCUUCCACCAUUAAACAUCAAUUAAGUCUUUUCUUAUGGUUUCGUCGGAGAUAAAAUUGUGAACUCAAUGAGGAAGACUUUUGGACUCAUUCCUGUUCCUCCUUACUCAUCUUCAAACAUUUCUCAUUUUACAUUGAAAUAGAAGAAAAAAUGUUCUUCAACUCAUCACCCUUUGGCGGCGAUCAUGGAGCAGGUGAUUCCAGCGAGCCGAUUGUGCAAAUUUCCGAGGUUCUAGCCUGUGGUGAGGACAUUGCUCGACGACUGUAUCAUGAGUAUCUCUCGGUUGAGGUCGCGUGUGAGAAGUAUCUGGCCAACCCUGGUCGAUUUGAGCGGAUGCAGGCAACUGCAGCAGGGAGGAAUGGUGGAACGACAGGGUCUUCGUCUGGCAGGGCUUUGCCAUCAGCUGCGCCAGUCGAACGUGCCAAUAGAAGACAGCACAUGGCUGGCCAUACAUCGAAUGGCGCUGCGCGAAAUGAUAACAAGACGUCGCUAGGAGGGCAUCGAGGAGACCAUGGUGCGGAUCAGUUGAAACAGCAUGCGACUGAGCUCAGUCAGAAGAUUGUUGCGCUUCUGAAAAACCAAGAAGGUGCUGCAACUACCUUAAGCACGUCCUCUUCCUCGUCUGCUGCUGGCGGGCAACCAAAAGGAGCAGCAGACGUGGAGGCGCAGGUCCGUGAAUUGCUGCUGUCCACCGCAGCUGUAAGCUCAGUCUUGAGCGCAGCAGGCGCUGCAAAUGGGGACGAGCCGCGAACGGUAGAGGAACUCUUUGGAAAGCAUCCGAACCGGCGUCACAUGGGUUGCGUUCAAUGCAAGAGGUUCCUCGGAGCCAAAGAAGGAUAUUAUUUUGGAACGAAAGCCUACGACAUCCCAAGCUUUCCACGGAUUGAUGGGAGUGGUAGAGCUGUGACUGCCGAAAACAAGCAAACUGUUACGCUCACCGGCUACCAUCGGGACAUGAAGCCGCUUAUGCGCGGAGUCAGGAGUAGAAGAAGAGCUGCGCUAAAUAACCGCUAUCGCAUAGCGCAAGCGCCCUCCGUUGAAAACGACUAUGGAAGACAUUCAACGUCCGUCGCGCCACGCAUGUCGCAAAUGGGAUGGCGCUGGGAUGACAACGACGCUGCCGCUCAUAUUAUCCACCAACAAGUCCAGCACCAGUGUUCAUUAUCAACCUCGACUACAGUAAAUGGAAGCCGUGAAGAAAAUGACUCACGAAACAGUGGCCAUCGCCUCGGUUAUGACUUGCAGGAUGUUGACGAGAUUAGUGAAAGCAUGGACGAACAUGAACGCGACGAGGACGCGGGUGAAACACUCGACAUGCGCCUAAACGAGCUCAUGAAGACCCCUCAGCUUAUGCACGAUCAUAGAGGCCGCGCCGCCUACCUGCGGACAGCAGCUCCAACUCUUUUGAGCCUAGCCGAUUUAGACCCGGAAUUACCAAGGCGCGAAGGCUCUAAGCAAGAUCACGCUACUAAGUCUUCUACUUCAUCUACUAAAAAAGUAAAUACUAGUACGACAACUACGUCAACAGCGUGCUUCACGAAUAAUGAUUUGGUCGAUGCCAUCCCGCUCCUUCAAGUCGUUCGACGCAUUUUUUGGCUGUCUGGACAUUCGAAUGAAUUCCGAGAGGGAAUGCAAAAAUGGGUGCGAGCGAUCACUCCUGACACUGCUUCGGAUAGUGCUCGGAAGCCUGCGGAUCAGCCGGACAAUGAACCUUCCGCCUUGGUUUCCCCUGCUGUGGAACGUCUUGUCAAUGACAAGGAGCUGCCGGAGCAGGUGGGGCAGGGUGCCGUAGAGCGUGUUGAAAAAAUUAUCAGUACUAUUGCACAAGAUAGACCCUCGAACACUUUGGACACUUUUCACGAGGUGAUGCGCGUGAUCUUGCCAGCUUUGUUGGGAGACGGGGAAAAUAGAUCGGGUAGCGCGCCACAAGACGGCGCUGCUGGUCGGGACCCCGGCAACAUCUCCAACUCUGCGUCUACGGGGGGAGAUAUUUUUCCCUCAAUGAUGGACGUGGAUUCGGAUCGUCAGCCGGGCGCGUCAUCUCUUCCCCUAAGCGGGCCUCAUGUUAGUGAAGGUGGUAACAAUCAACCCCCAGGAAGGAACACGAACAAGAACAAAGACUGGCGCUUUUUAGAUUUGCCGCCUGAAAUCUGGCGGACAUUGCUACAUGAAGAGAAGCCCUGGUGUCGCACCGAAGCAAUGUCUAGAAUGACUGCUGACCCUUUCAUCGUUCGCACUCAUUGUGCGGGCGGCGACAAAUCUUCUGCGCAAGAAUCAUUGAGGGUGUCGGAAAGUGUGAGUGCGAGUGUCCUGCAGUGGCGAUAUGGAAAUGAUAGUAGUAGCUCUGUUGAACAAAACGUCGAACAGCUUCCGGCUCGCGAGGACUACGAGAUGACGGGCCUUGACACAUCCGAGGCUUCUGCUGGGAAAAAGAAAAUGGUGAUGAAGAAGGAUGCAGUCUCCAGCUCUACUGCCAGCAAAGCUAUGAAGACGGCGCCAAAGAGUAAAGCGCGCGCGAAAGGUGCUGCGGCGAAAUCCGUGCAAACGAGGAAGGUGAGCAAUAAGCGAAAAGCGAUUGGAGUGAGCGAACACGACGCUGAGGCGGAAAAGGCUGGAGAAGGUCGUGACGAACUUCUAGACGACGAAGAGCCCCCUUUCUCGAGCAAAAUCGACGGCCCGAAGUUACCAGCGAGCAACGGCAAGAGCGUCGCGGAACUGGCUUUAAGCAAAGCAAGGGAAGCUUCUACGGGCUCAAGUGCACUAGCUACGCCGCACUUCGAGCAUGCGCAAAAUACAGGUGCUCUCCCGUUAAAGCCUCACGAUGCAACGUAUUUGGCAGCUUGUGACCUUGUAUUCUAUAGUGCGCUACCGUGUCAAUCAAAGCUCGACUACCAGCAUUUACAUUCUACGAGAAGAGGAAGAUACGUAGCACCAGGAGGGGCGGCCGAAGCUGUAUCGGAUUAUGUACCAGCAGAGCAGGCCGACCGCGCACGACUUGCAAGUCUUGGACCGCUUGGCGGUGGGAAUCUGGAAGUACGUGCCGAGAAGCUACCAGCGGAGCAAGCCCUGCAACAGCUUGUUCUGCAGUUGAACCAGAAGGCGGGGAAAUUGGCUCGAGGACCUGGAAAGUACGGCAACACCCUUCUUUUAACUCUAGAUCAUGAGAUUCGCGCAUUCUGCUCCCGAAAGCUGUUAUCAAAGGUGCGCAACAGAUUUAUCGCAAUAGCCACCGAGAAAUUGCUCGCUUUCAUGCGUACCACGCAGAAAAGUCAAGGAAUCGCUGCCGCGUUCACUGCACAGGCGAACAAAUUACGACGAUCUUCCAGUACGAAGAAGAAUAAUUUCAAAAAUUUUGCUAGUGAAGAUAAAAGUUGUUGCAGUUCUCGGCGUCCACAAGAUCAAGAACAAGAUGAUGAGGGCAAUGCUGAACAAUCUCCUGGUGGAGAGCAGCAUCAAGGUCAUGAGGAUAUGGAAAUUGAGGAAGAUAUGUCGGAGGAUGACGAGGACAGGCUCCUUUUCGAUGACGAGGAUGAGGAAGUUGAGGAACAAGGCCAAGUACGUCGUACUACUGGUCAAGCCGGUUCUUCCGCCAAAAAUUACGUGAAGCCAAUAAACAGAGCUGCAGCCACUCGGGCCGCACGCGCUUGGGACCACAGCCUUGCCAAUCGACUGGUGAGGCUUCUGCUGGCUAGUGUCGAAGAACGCGGCGACUUCGAAUCUUGGAUUUUGCAGACCGAUCUGGUGAACUCAUUGACGUUGGAGAUCUGCGUGAAACACCUCUGGGUGGCUGUUGGGGAGACACUUGCCCACGACAACGACAUGGGUCUCCCGCUCGCUUCAUCGGCUUUCGACACGCAGGAGGACGAAGCAAAAAAACUCCUCAGGGCUCUCCUGGCGGUGCUUGAAGUCUUCGCACUCCAGUUUAUUGACCUACAGGCACGUGUGAGUACAAAACUCCUAGAUAAAGAACUCCAGGACCUUGUCGCCCAGGCUCUUCCUCCGGAGUAUGAAGCUCACUUUGAGAAGGCGAUCUUGCAGAAAAAACGGCGAAGCCGCGACGAGAUGAUCGUGGCGGAGCUCUUUGGCGAGCGCACGGGCAGACCCGUAGCGAAAAGAAAGCAUGACGCCUUAGAUCUGAUGCUCGGAGGUAGGGAUUACGAGACGAUGGAGGAGGAGCUGCUGGAGGAACACGAGACCAGCCAAAUUUUCAUGGUGAGACAGCGCUUGAACCGAUCUUUUCCAGAUACGGGGAUGCUUUGGCGCAUGUUUGAUGCUUUGGGCGCCUGCGGAGAAAAUGCGAUGUACUUUGCUUUUGUUCUGUUGGGCGGCGAUCCUUCUACUUCAACUUCAACAUCGGAGCGCCCGACUGAAAAAUCUUCAUCUUUGACUGCAGCGCAGCGGGCAUACCUCUUCGUCAUGCAGCAGAGUCACCAAAUCCGCCUCUGUGAGGGCAUGGAGAUCGCCUUGCGCGAGAGCGCCAACGCAGCCAUUCCCCCAGGAGGAGAUAUGUAUCACGACGAUAUCGGCGGGAGCAAAAUCGAAUUACGCAACGCCAGUUCGGACAUUGCUAUCGACAUGACGCAACAUAUCGCAAACUUCCUAGCGGAUUUUCCAGCGUACGUGCAGGUCUCCGACGACACAGAAAGAGGAGCGACCUCACUUCAAGAUCGUGAGGCCGAUAGAGCUGAGAUCUCCUCCAAGCAGAGCCAGAGCCACCGCCACGCUGGAGUGAUUAUAAACAAACCGCUGACCCUGGUGCAGUGCCUCUUUGAUCGAUUGCGAUCCGUGAAAGUAUUACCGCCACAGGCGGCCGAUUCUCAACAUGGUAACAUCAUCGAUACGAGCUCUCAAGAAAGCAGGAGCAUCAGCAUAUUCGGUGAAGCACGCGCCACCGAACAAGACCAAAUAUCGAAUACGAAGAUGCAAACCCGAGAGCGAUCAUACGCAGAAAUAGAAGAACAAGAUCCUACUGUUGUCAUUGCCGCUCAGGAGGAAAAUCUCUUGGAGCGUCCACUCUGGUGUGCGUAUCCGGAAUCAAGCAAACCUCCUGGAGCGAACAAGGCAAAAAAGACGAGCAAAAAGCAGGAAGCUGCGUCAAGCAAGAAGGCCGCAGGCCGUGAUAAUAAAGCAUCUCCGUGUACCGGCGUGAUAACAUCGCUCGGACACGCAAGCGUCUUCCGUCCCUGCACCCCAGACCACAUUUUCGGCACUCUUCCCUUGACUAGACGCCAUGCUCUCGCGGAAUCUCAUGCUUUGACGGAAUUACGAAAGCAGCACGCAGUGGAGAAGGCUGCCAAUACGCUUCUUUCUGAGGUCCUAGAAAGUGGGGGCGCUGAGGGACAACAACAAGGAUGUGGAUCAGCUGCACAGCCCCAGUUGACGGAGACGAUAGAAAGCCAUGGGAAUGGCACCACCUUGACUAGUACGACCGUUCCUAAAGAUGAAAAAGAACUGGCUGGCACAGAUGCAGUUGUCUCUGGGAUCGUGGAGUGUCUCUUGAAACAGAAGCGGGAAGCAACGUACGGCAGCACACGACCAGAGAACGCGACAUACUUUGAGCGGAGAUUUCCAGUCGAUCUGGCACCUUUGUGCAGUAAUUUCACUGAUGCCGGAGUGUCGUUUUCGUCUAGUAGCAGUAAAAAUAGAGGCAUCGAUGAAGAGGAGUCAGUCUCAUCUGUCUACGUGACCAAGAUGGACAAACUCGCGCGCAACGAUUGCUUUCUUGUGGGGCAGGACAAGAGCGAUCAAACUGACGUUUUUAAUUAUCUCCACGCACUGCAGCUUAACGCACGAACGCAGGCAAACGCAGCUAGACACGCUGGGAACCAUUUCGGCCUGCUCCAUGGUAGUCGUGGGACAGGUCGGCUGGGAGCGUUCCAGUACAGUGACACAAUCUAUGAUCGCGACGACCCCAACCUUGAUGAUGAUAUCCAACAUGUUGAAGAUGACCCAUGGAUGACUGAUCAGGAUGCUGAUGAAGAUGACAAUUAUCGAAGUCGACACCUCGAGAGUUCAUGGCGAUUGAAUUACGGAGGGGGUUACUAUGAUGAUACACGAUAUCCUUACGCCUCGUCGAGCGAAAAUGAAUUGGACAAGAAGCCGCAGGAAAUUCGUCAAUUUGAUGAACAGCAUCUCCGAUUUUGGUCAGAUCCACAUGCAAUUUAUCUUACUGAGAGUCUCCGUACGAAGCAUUGCAACUUUGACUCGCAUUGCUCUCCCACGAUGCCUCCCCGUAUCCGUAUUCGCGGAUGCGAUUGGUACUUCAGUGAGGACAACAAAUUAGCUGCUCCUAUACAGCAACAGAUGAAGAGCGGAGGCAGGAAAACCAAGGGUGAUAACAAAAUAAAUUCUACUGGUGUGGUAGGGGUUAAUGCAGAGGCUGGUAGCUUACUCGGAGGGUCUUCCUCUAGUGCAUUCGCGAUGCGUCGCGUGCAUGAGGAACUCGGAUUCGGCUACAAUUACAAUGUCGAAAAUGGUCUGGCGGGAUAUGCAGGAGCUUAUCAUAGUGGUGGCAAGGGAGCAAGUAGUACUGGACAAAAUUCCGGGGUGCCAGCUCCUAUACUUCUGCGCAUGGUGGAGAGCCAUCGCAACGUCCUUGUUCCAAUUUUCACCGGGGAAAUGAGGAUUGCGCACGCACUGUGGCGCAUGCCCUGUAAUGCGACCAGUGAAGCAAAGGCUGAGACUUCUCAGAGCCAAAGUAAACACGCCCUUGAGCAGUUUGUUUUCAAUAUUAAGAAAACGCUGCCUAUUAAAGCUUUGACAAAUGGCGUCGACCAUAAAGACGAGCCAACUAAAAAGACUGGAAACAAGAGUCAAUCGAUGAAAGCGGAAAAGAAAAACGCAAGCGAUCUUCAAGCAACAACAUCAACAAACGGAAACCUAUCCAGUGCGGUGCAAGAGGUGGAAGACGAACAUCAUAAGGCGGGAGACGAUGGUGCGUCCUCUUCGGCUUUGUUCGGUAUUAACGGGGUUGCACUUGUUUCGGCUAAUCUGCUAGACGUUAUCUUGAAAGGUAUUGACAACUCCAGCCUGUCUCCACUGGAGCGAGGCUCGCUGACGAAUACGAUAGAGUGCCUGCCCGAGGACAUCCUAGCCGGGACACGUAGAAUGGAAACUCACAAGGACUUCAGACUGCUGCAAGAGCACCACUAUCAGCUACAGGUGAACGUACAGCUAUACCAAAUUUUUGAGCGAUUCUUCACGGGGCGCAUACGGUUUCCACCGGCCAAAUUGAGCGGCUCAGUGGCUGUGAUCAACCGCAUGCGGCCCUCAGGAUACAUAGCGAAAGUAGACGAGGUGGCACGCGGUCACCGCAAUUUACUGACAACCGGGAAGGAGAAAGGUGCCUCCUGCUCGAGGACGGGAAAAAGUGCAGCGCCAGCAGCUACUGCGGGCACUGCAGCCAUGUCAUCAAGUAGGAAUAGAAAGAAGAAGCCGGCCCCCCAGGGCAAAAAUGAUAUUUUUACUGAAGCCGACAGAGCUCGAGCAUCAUCAGAUGCAGCAGGGGGCUCUUCCGGGGACAAAAAUGUCACAAGCUUCGAAAUCAUGAACAACGAUAACGACCCCUCCGCAGCAAUGCCCCCAGGCUGGUCACAAGACCAUCCGUUGAGACCAGAGCAGCUUCGUUCCUUGUUCUGGAUGCAGCAGCGCGAGCGUGUGUCCUCCUCCUCGUCCCCGGAAUCGGGUGGUGUUGAAGCCGGCUCGGAAGCGGGAGCAGCGCUGGAAGUGAUUUACAAGCGGCAUCUGGCAGCGAAGCACGCGUGGCGUCACGAUAUUCCAAAGACCGAAGUGAACACAAACAAGGGUUCGUUUCCUGAAACCGAACAAGUACGCAAAUGCCCUCUAGGGAACGCCAAGUGGUGUCUCGAGUUCGAGGUUACCGCUACUUACGACAAUCGUGGAGGGAUUCUCGCUGACAAAAUCGGUUUUGGGAAAACGGCCACGUGCAUUGGUCUGUUGGCUAGCCAACGCGCGGCCGAUCGCGCACUUCUUCUUCGGGGAGCAUCUCUGGCUGCCGUGAAGUCUGAUCCGGACACAGAUUUCAAUCGAGCACAAUUUGUGUCUUCGACCUCAGCCUUCCCAUUGGAAAAAACCGAGGAAAGUAUCGACUUGGAAGGUACCGUUCUUGAUAAAACAUCCGCCUGCAGUGAUAGCGCAAAAAAUGAGAACGGCAAUAAGCAGAAGAUCGACAGGAAAUCAAAUCAAAAUAAGACGAAAGUAGACGCAGAGGACAACCUUCAUGUCGAUGAAGACUCUCUUUGUGAUGAAGAUGAAGGUGUGACGCACGCCGCGCCAGCCGCAAAGAGGCGCAGAGCUUCUGGCAGCAACGAGGAAAGGAAGAUAGUACUAGAGGCGACAAAUAACGCCACACCUACACAGAUUCAGAAAUCAUCGGCUUCUGCAAUGAAGACCUCAUCAUCUUACUCAUCUGGCGCGAGCGGGGUUCUUCCCCUGCCUAUGAAACGGGGACGUGCAGCAGCGACAGCGUCAAAAUUGAAAACCAUUUUUGAGGAGCAACAAACAGAAGAUGGGGAGGAGGUGGAGCAAAAUAGAAGCUCGUUUCCAUCGUCCGAUGCGCGCGGCAAGAAAAGGCAGGUACUGUCAUUUGAACAGCAGUGUCGCUUGUUGCAAAUGAACGACGUAGAUCGGGAGAGUCUUUUUCCUGCCCCGAAGACUACUUUAAUCUUAGUCCCCAGUCAUUUGAUUGACCAGUGGAGUACGGAGAUUGAAAAGUUCCUGCCAAAAAACGAUCUCAAAGUGCUCGUUUGUAAGAACAUUGCACCGCUAAAGCAGAGGACGGUUUACGAAUUGCAACAAUUUGACGUCAUUUUGGUCACUUACCGAGUGCUCUAUUCACCGGUGCAUCAGUCCCGCCUUUGUAGUCUGUCAGGCGCGCCGGGGGGUGACAGCAGGAAAAAAAAAGAGCAAAGCAAUGACGGCGAUGAGAGCACUUUGCAUUCCGCAAACAAAAGCGCAUCUGGGCGCGGCGGUGCAGGGAAUGAUGCGAAGAACAAAGAAUUUCUCGAUAGUUUCGACUUGCCCGCAUCGACUUCGUCGACUGCCGGCCUCUUGCUCGGAGCACGCGGAAACAAGGGAAAAAGGGCUGCACAAGCAGGGUCAAAGCAAGGCCGCGCAGCAGUAGAGCAGCAUCAAGAUUCGGUCGAACAACAUGCGAAUAUCACGACUUUACGCGAACGCACGCGGGAAUUCAUGCAGGCCAUGAGGCAACAACAAUCCUGCAGCAGGACCUCAUUUUCGGGCUCGAGGAAAAAAAAGUUUGAGGCGUGGGAAAUCAAGGCUGCAUCUAAGGUGAAAAGCGAUGUGCUAAUCGAAAUACCCAGUAUUAAUUCAGAUCGAGGAAAGGACAUCUGUGUUGAGCAACAGCAACAUGCGACUGCACUAAACAAAAAUCAACUGAAGAACAACAAGGGAGGAACCUCGAGUGGUAAACAUGAAGCCACUUCUACUACCAAAAAAAGGCAUCAAGAAGAAGAAGCAGAGGUGAUCUGGGAUGUGAUAGAAGAAAAGAGCAGCGAGCGCCUAUUACUUUUUCCUUUGUUGGAGCAAUUUUACUUCCGACGUAUCGUUUUCGACGAGUUUCAUGAGUUAGAGGCAUUUGGAGACAAACAAGUGUCUACCCUGCUAUCGCUGAAGGCCUACUCCAAAUUCGGGCUGACGGGGACGCCUCAAGUGGACAGUGUGCGGCAGGUGGCUGCCACGGCUUCUUUGUUUGGCGUCGACCUGUGCGGUGUCAGCCGGACGGAAGCCGACUACGCCGAUCGGCUGUGGCGCUUGGCGUGCAGCAACAGCGAAAAUGACCUGACAAAGGUGAUGCGGAAAGAAGACCGUCACCUUUAUCACAAUUAUGAUCCGUAUGAUGGUGGACGUCUUGAGGCCCAGCGUGCAUUUCAAAUCGCGAUUGCCACUACCUAUAACUACGCUGAGGAGCAAGAGGGUGCACAUCAUGAGCAGGGACAAACGAACACACGACCGGCGGUAUUCAGUUUAUACAAGAGAUAUUAUACCACAACUAGUACUUCUUGCAGCAUUUCAGAAAUUAUUAAGAUGAAGCCCCUCAUGGUCAUGAUCUCGUUGAUUUACAAGUCACGUAAUUACACCAGUAUCACAUACCUUUGGCAAUUGUCUUGUUUGUUUGUUUGUUUUGAUGCGCUCCGGGCGACGCGUACGAUCCCGCCGGACUUCUUUGUGCUCUGUGUGUGUAGUGCUAUGGUCGUCAUUGCGAUCGACUAUGGUAUGUCUGGUCGCCACAGUCCCCGCCAGCUGCGGCUUUUGUGGCAUGCCAGGCGCGGCGUGCUGCAGGCGGCGGCGACUGCGCGUAGGUAGCGCCUGGCGGUGAGGCACUACUUCCGAAACCAAUGAUUUUAGUUUUACAAUAUAUAUUAUGAAAAAUAUGAAUAUCUCUUCAACAUGUGACGAGUCCAAAAAAAUGCAUUAUACUGAAUAACAUAAAAAUAAACAGCAUGCUAUUCCUAUUGCUAACAAUCUCGUAACAUAUCGAUCUCUUCGACGAGAAUCUAUUUUAGUCUAGCGUGGUUCAUUAUACAUAGUAGAAAAUAUACUACUUGAAGAGAUAUGGAGCCUCCCGAUGAACCUCGAAUUCAGUUGCAUCAUCUGGUUUUUAACCUGUCGACAAAGGGAAUCAUUUGUUGAAUCUGAAUCCUAUAAAAUGUUUUUAACAGCGGUUGAAGCCAAUGUCCGAGUGGAUUUGCAAUUGUUGCUUGGAGCCUGCGUUCGAAGGCACGAGUGACCCUCGCUCGUUGGCAAUGGAUCCGGGGAAAGGUGGGAAAGAGAGUCUUAGCCCAUCGACGAAGGUCGAUUUUAUCUGCCAGCAUUGUGGGACCCACAAUCACACACCGGAUCUCUUCAUCAACCUUAAUGGAUCUCCGGAGAAAGAGAGGUCGGGCGCGAGGGACAGCGCCAGUAGGCGUGGCGGAGCGCCUGAUCGAACAACGACUACUGGCGGCGCAGCAACUAGCAGUACAGGAGGCCUCACUGCAGCUGGAGCAGCAUCGGCGCCACCCUUUGCAGGGACAAGCGCCCCUCGAGGACUCUUCGAGGAACUGGUAGGCGAGGCGGACGGGGAGGAGGACAGAAGGCUAGGCCGCAUUCUCGACGCCGUGGAUGGCAUUCGGGAGGCUGACGAGCGCAGACGUCAGCGCCAAAUUUUCAAUCGUGUUCGCUACGACGAAUACGGGUACCGACGUAGAGACUAUUCAUUCAAUUCUUCGGAGGGUGAGUUAUCGUACUCCGACGAUUACGACAGCUUUGACGACCAUGUUGAUGACUACUUCGACGCAGCUUCCUCCGAUUCUCGCUCAUAUGGCGGCGCUAGCUUCUCUACUCCCCAUCGGCUAGAAGAGGAUCCGCUUGCCACCCCACGAGGCCUGCGCGGAAGCGCCUUGCGUCGGUUUGUUCAAGCGGAUCCACGCAUGCAAUAUGUGAAGAUGUUGCGGCAAAUGAACCUCGCUGAAGAGCCGGAGAAGUACUACCGCCUGGUGAGCAAAAAGGCAAUGGCUCGCCAAAGACUCGACUACUUACGCUUAUGCCACCCCUGGGAUCGGUCCAAGAUCUUCCGCCAGAACUGCGAGAACUUCUUGCGCCUCUUCGUGAGGCAGAACAGCGCUGUGACCGACGCAGAUAAGAUUGAAACCAAAGAGCACUGGAUUGCAGUUUCACAUACAGCCGAAGAGCGCGCCAUUUAUUUGUCCCAAGCGAACUCACUGAACUAUACGAGUAGCAUUGCAAGUGACGCAACGACCGCUAGUAUGAUGUCAACGACGCCUCUCCCCUCUUCUUCUUCAUCAUCCUCAGCGGCUCUGGGUAACAACGGCGCAGCAAGUUCGUCGUCCACCAGCAACGCUGCGAGACCUCUCGUUGGUGGGAGUGCGAGAAACGGCACGAUGUUGUGUCUUCCCGGGGGAGGAUGGAGCAACAAACUAGCUAUUGCGGGUCCGGCGCCCUUAUCCGCUUCGGACUUGGAUAAGAGGGCGCGCCUGUUGCAGCUGUGCUCGCACUUCACACUCGGCGACUACAACAGCCACGCAGAUACGAACUCGGAAUGCUCCCGUAUUUUCGACAAGAAGAAGGCCGCGGUUAAGGUUGCCCUCAAGACUUUCCGUGCAACAUGCCGAAAGCUCGCAGUUAUUAUGGCCGUGUAUCGUGAUGACGAAACGCAACGCAAGCAGGCCUUCAAACCUGCGUUGGAUCUUAUGGAGGAAGUUACGCGAAAUUACGUUCCGUCCACAAAUGCAUCCUCCUCUGGCCCAGCAAUGGAUGUUAUUAUGGACGAAGAUGACGACGUCCACGUCGUCAAGAACUUGCAACAGGCGAACGACGAAGCUACAACAGCUGAAGGUUCUACUACUACUACUACCACUACUACUACCACUACUAUUACGACUACUAGUACUGCAGUCACAACAGCAGGCGCCGGCAAGAGCAACAGGAGCGCCAGUGCUUCCAUGAAGAAAACUUCGAUGAAAACUGCAGCUUCAUCUUCCUCCAAGCACGCGGCUGCUGCAGCCAGCGGUGCUGCUGCAGCAGCCUUGAAUAAAUCUGGAGCUGCAAAUAAUAAGGAGCAGUCUGAUGCCGCGGCGAAAUUGGACGACGACUUCUGUGCUGACUUUCAAAAGCAGAUCCUUGCAAUGCAGAGGAUCUGUGAACAGACAGAGCGCGUCUUGUCGCGUGAGACUGCGAUGAAAGCUUUUUCUGGUCAACAAUCUGAAGGAGAUCAUCAUCAACACGACUCGAGCUCCGCCUUUAGCGAUCACAGCUUUAUGUCGUCAUCGAUGAGAUCUGCAGGAGAUCUUGAGGCUUGGAGCAGGGUACUAAAAUUUCUUUUUCCGACGUCCGCGCAGCUGGAUAGAAUCGAAAAAGAAAGAGCAAAUCUUCAGAACCAAAACGAGGCUGGAACGACUGGCUUGCCAUCUUCUACAACUCGUGGCAGGGGUGCAGGUUCGACAGGAGCGUCAGCUUCCGCUAACAAAAAGGGAACAGGAAAGAAGGAUCAGCAGAAAAAUAAAGAUGCUAGUACUUCCGAUAUUCUAGCAGUUUGCGCUUUGGCGAUGUACACAGCUACCGCAAAAUCCCAAGCCGCACGUGAUGGUCCGUCACCCGCGAGUAGCAAAUCGUCGAACAAUACGAAUAAGACCUCCUCUUCUCAACAUGGUGCGUAUCUCCGCUUUGUGGAACCGAAAGAAGUUGUUGAAAAGUCGCACAAGUCUUAUCCAGAAUACCAAGCAACAACGCUUCAAAUGCAGCACUUGACGAAGGUGAAAGAUCAAAUACUUUCGCUUUUCAUGCAGGAUUUCAACGCCUUGCGCGAAGCCUCGAACGUCUUCGCUUUUUUCAAAAAGACCCUAAAAAUCUUUGGCAAAGGAUCCGAAUCGCCAGAUGGUACUAUCAGGAUACUGCUACAUGAUUACUUUAAAGUAAGUACGUAAACCUAGAACUGCAACAUGCACAUGGUGGACUCCGACUCGUCAACCUUUCAGUUUGUUUUUUCUGAAUAUAUCAUACAUAUAUCUACUAACUUGUUACAACCCAAAAAUUCCAGAUCGCAAGUGCGUGCUCUGUAUGGAGGAAGACUUGCCUGUGUCGAAUUUGUCUAUUACGUCUUGCGGUCACGUUUUUUGUGUGGAGUGUAUUCAUCAGCAAAUGCGCGCGAAUCAUAACAAGUGUGGUCUCUGCAGGAAGCCUCUGCGCGACAAAGAUAUCUAUUCUCUCGCCCUGGAGAUGAGAUCUGCUGGGGUAAAGAUUGAUGCGCGCUCGGAACAGCAGAAGACGGAUAACCUUCGGGAAGAGCUAGGAGGUACUAACCCGCACAAUGGAUGGAUCACUUCUAACUUCGUUUCCGUAAAUAUGUUUGACGAGAAUUUUUGAAUAGACUUGAUGAGAUAAUUUCAAACCUCCAAAUUUUUAUCACUCAGGUGACAAAAGCUUUGAAAUCAAGUACGACAAUGCAUUGAUUCCGGAAGAUAUCAGGGAUCCUGAGGCAUACGCUGAGUACGGAUCAAAGAUUCAAUCGAUUUGUCAAGUCUUGCUCCACAUAGAUCGAGAGGAGCCUGGUGCGAAAGUGAUUCUUUUCUGCCAAUGGAAAAAUCUGAUGUGCAAAAUUGCCAAUUGCUUGACCAAAUACGGUUUCCGCUAUUCGACGUUGACGGGAGGUGCAGUCACGCAAAACAAGAAGCUCUCCGAGUUUAAGGUAUUACUUUGCUUUAUAGUUGUUGAUUGCAAGCGGAACCGGGCUCCAAGGGCGCUCACUUGAGACGUCUAAAUGAUGAUGCUGAUCUUUAUGUCUUGAUCUUGAUGUCUAGUUGUAGUUCUUACUUGUGUAAUUAACGCCACGCCCACGUGAACGUUCAACAAAAAAUAAAUCAUGAUGUAACUCAAUUUUGAAAAGAAGAACAUCCACAUUGCUUUUGUGCAAUUAUGCGAACAUUUUGACUCACAGGACCCCUCGGGCAUGGUGAAUGUAUUGCUUCUUUCGCUCGAGACGGCCGCUGCUGGCACCAAUCUGGCCGAGUGCUGUCAUCAUUGCUUGCUUGUGCACCCGAUGAACGCAACCACCUUGGAUAAAGCUGUAAGCUUCGAACUCCAGGCAAUUGGCCGCAUUCGGCGUUACGGACAGAAAGCGUCAGCUAUUCACGUAUGGCGAUUUCUCACGCUAGGGACGGUGGAGGAGGACGUUGUCCGAGAACACGGCCUUGCAAUCAAGCAGCGGGAACAAAGUAAACGUGCUUUGCUCGAUUCCAAGAAGCCUCGUGCUGUUGAAUUUGAUUCCCUGUAGUGAUCUUGAUGAUGCAGCCAAAUCUAUAACUAUGAUGACCCAAUUUAUUAAGUCGUGCGCUUCUGCUUCAUCCCAUUAUUCCCGAUGUAUUGUUUUUUCUUGAUUAAAUUCUUGUUUUCUUCACCUUCACGACUUCCUUGGUGAAGAAGAAAAAGACCAAGCGAGAAACAACAAGAGUAAGUAAGAUGAGAUAAAGAUAUCGAGUGUUUGCUUAUUUCUUACUGUGUCUUCCCAUGAUGCGACUGGGGCACCUAGUCCUAGAUAACGCACAAAGUCCUUAUAUACAAGUAGCAUGGGGAAGGUUUUCAUACUUAAAUAUCAUCCUUUUUCAGGAACAUUAUGAUCCUCAAAUGAAUUUGUGAAAGUGUUGUUCUUUUUUUUCGUUAAUCAUGAUCUUGAGCAACCAAUCGCUAACGAUCACCAUAAGUCAAAGUCCUCGUAUUAUUUUCCGCUCUUACUUUUCCCUAGCACGACUACCCAAGAACAACAGAAUAUAUUCUAUGGUCUCACUGAACCUGAAGUAAAACGUUGUUCUUCACAAAAAAUUUGUAGGGAGAUAAGUCAGGUUUCAAUCAUGAUCUUGACAGAUUUCACGACUUUCGCCUUAAUUUGUACGUGCGCGAUAUGCUUGCCGCGCAAACAUGAAACGCUAUUGUUGUUGUGAAUAUUGCUGAGGAACGACCCGCCUGCCCUCUCCUGUAGAGCACAGGCAUCGUGAUGUGCCGGAUUAUGGCUGUCGCGCUGAUUGCGCUCGAU